UUUUAUUUGUUUUACAUCCCCGGCCAUCAACAAAAGAAUAAAGAAAAAAAAAUUUUUUUUUUAUUCAUUGCAGCCAUAAAGUAUCUCUUUUUUAUUUUUUCCUUUCAUUUAUUAUCAGUUCAGAUCAGAUCAGAAAAAAAAAAGAAGGGAAAUGACAGUUAUGAGCAAAACUGAACUUUUAGAGAAUAUUGUAACAAAUGAAAAUUUUAAAAAUAUUGAUCCAAUAGCUUCUGAAGAUAUUUUAGCAGAAGAUAGUAAAAGCCAGAAUGAACAUAUAGAAUUUGGAAUUGAUCGGUCUAAACAAGGAUCUACUUUAAACGGUAUAUUAAGUAUUAUUUGUGUAGUUGCUGGUACAGGUGCACUUGGUUUACCUUAUGCCUUAGCACAAGGUGGAUGGAUUGGUCUUUUCAUUCUUGGACUUAGUUGGAUUUUAUCAGUUUAUACUGGUAUUAUUUUGAUACGAUCCAUGUAUUAUCAUCCUGAAAAAAGACUAGCAUCCUAUCAAGAAGUAGCGACAGAGGCUUUUGGUAAAAUUGGUGGUUGGCUUUCAUUCUUCUUUCUAGCCAUUACCUUGAUAGGUGUCCCUGUUCUUUAUUUAUUAUUGAGUGGAUUAAAUAUUCAUAAUGUUGCUGCAGGCACUUCAGCUGAAUUGACUUUCCCUAUUUGGGUUAUCAUCUGUUCAUGUAUUGUGGCAAUACCCUUUUUAUUUUUCAGAUCAUUAAAAGAAAUCAGUCUAUUAAGUUACUUUGGUGUUCUUACAACUGUCAUCGUCAUCUUUAUUGUCCUUGGUGUCGCUGUCAAAGAUGCUCCUAAUCAAGCUCAACAUGUUCAUCACGAUUCUGUUAUUUGGAAUAUGUUUCCUAUUGCCUUGAGUUCAAUUGCUUUCAGUUUUGGUGGUGCACCUGUCUUUUGUCACGUUGAACAAUCACUGAAGAAACGUAGAGAUUGGGAUAAAGUAGUGACAUUUAGUCUUACAAUUUGCGUUAUUCUCUACUUUUGCUCAUCCAUACCAGGUUAUAUGGUCUAUGGCGUCGACGUUCAAUCGCCAGUCUAUGAUAGUAUACCUUCAGGUGGACCGAAAACAACUUCCAUCAUCUUGAUUACGAUCCAUUUGAUUUUAGCUACCCCCAUUUUAUUAACUUCCUUUGCCAUCGAUGUUGAAAGGAUGCUCAAGAUUGGUCCUGAUCAUCGUUCCUUUGUUGUUGAAUGGACACUUCGUUUCUUAUUCCGUGGCGGACUUAUGGUCCUUGUUGCCGUCAUUGCCAUCUUUGUCCCUUUCUUUGGUGAUUUCAUGUCUUUAUUAGGCGCCUUUUCAAAUUGCGCUUUAAUCUUCAUCUUCCCCGUCCUCUUUUAUUAUAAACUGACUGGCUUUCGAGGUAAACCUUGGUAUGAUUAUAUCUUGGCUUUCUUAACUCUCUUGAUGGGUAUCGUCGGUCUCAUCUUUGGUACCAUCUCUGCUAUUCAGGCUCUUAAUAAUGAUUUCAAAUCUAAAAGUCCUAGUUAAAAAAAAAAAAAUAAUAAUAAUUUCGGACUUCCCCUCUUUUAAUAUAAAUGUAUAUAAAUAUAUAUAUUUUUAUAAACAUGUAU